AUGGACAAAUCCUGGAUUACGUUGGAUAGAUUGUCUAAAGAAUAUGAAGAUGGUGUUGAAUUAUUUUUGGAGUUUGCAAAAACACGGAGCAAUGAUCCACAUAAGAUUCCAUGUCCAUGCAUAAAAUGUGCAAAUAUGUUUUAUCAUACAAUUCAAGAUGUCCGUGAUCAUUUGUUUGUGUCGGGUUUUGACGAAAGUUAUAGGAUUUGGGUUUUCCAUGGAGAAGAUGUUGAUUACAAUUACUCGAGGAACAUCAAUGAUUCAUAUCCCAAUGAAUCAACAUUUAAAGACUUUGAUAUUACAAAGGAUAUGGUUCAUGAUGCUCACGAGUAUUGCAAAGAAGAUCCAAAUACAUUGAAAUCACUUCUAGAUUAUUGUGAAAAGCCAUUGUAUAAUGGGUGUAAAUAUAGUACGCUUAGUGGGUUCAUGAAAUUCCAAUACUUGAAAGGGAAAUAUGGGUGGUCAGACACAAGUUUCUCGGAUUUAUUGUGUACCCUUCAUGAUGUCCUACCAGAUGAAGAUUCAAUGCCUAAGUCAAUGUAUGACACAAAGAAGGUCAUGGCGGCAUUAGGAUUAGAAUAUAAGAAGAUUCAUGCAUAUCAAAAUGAUUGUAUUAUAUUUAGGAAUGAAUACAAGGAUCUUUCCAAAUGUCCAUCUUAUGGUGUUUCACGUUGGAAGAAACAAGUCGGUAAAUCAUCAAGCAAUUCCAAAGUUCCUUCCAAGAAUGAUGGUAAACUUCGACAUCCAGUGGAUUCACCCAUUUGGAAACUUAUUGAUGAUAAGCGGGAUGAAUUUGGUUUGGAAAGUAGAAAUCUUAGAAUGGCUCUUUCUACGGAUGGUUUCAAUCCACAUAGAUAUCUCAGUUGUCAGUAUAGUUGUUGGCUGGUGAUGCUUGUAACCUAUAACCUCCCAUCUUGGUUGUGCAUGAAAAGGAAGUUCAUAAUGUUGAUGUUAUUGAUCUCAAGUCCACAACAACCUGGGAACAAUAUUGAUGUAUAUUUGUCACCUCUAAUUGAGGACUUAAAACAAUUAUGGGAAAUCGGUGUUGAGACUUAUGAUGCUUAUAGGAAAGAGUAUUUCACCUUAAAGGCAGUGUUACUAUGGACCAUAAAUGACUUUCAGCAUAUGGAAACCUUUCCGGUUGUUAAUGCUUACUUCUGA